UAUGGGAGCGGCGGAAUCGGGGAAAUUGAAAAUUGAAAAUUGAAAACCGGGGAAGUUGCGUGAGAACUCAGAGAUCAGAAUAGUUUUUAAAAGCGAUUCUCAAGUUCUUUUAGUAUUUUCGAUUAGAAGUAGAACAAAGAACAACACACAAUUCCUGUUAUGGACAAAAUUAGAAGAGCCUCUCAUGCCGGUUCUUGGUACACCGACAAUUCUAAGAAACUCGCAGAGGAGCUUGAUGGGUGGCUGAGCGCAUCAGGCCUGUCUAAAUCCCCGGAUGUACGUGGUGUAAUUGCUCCGCAUGCUGGUUAUUCAUACUCAGGACGUGCUGCUGCAUAUGCGUUUGGUAACAUUGAUCCAACAAACAUUUCUAGGAUCUUUCUUCUUGGCCCAUCUCACCACUAUUACACACCAAAAUGUGCUCUUUCAACUGCCACUAUUUACCAGACCCCUGUGGGGGACCUUCCUAUUGAUUUGGAAGUCAUUGAGGAGCUAAAAGCUACCGGAAAAUUUGAAUUGAUGGACAUGCAUGUUGAUGAAGCUGAACAUAGCAUGGAAAUGCAUUUGCCAUAUCUUGCCAAAGUAUUUGAGGGGCAUCCAGUGAAAGUUGUACCCAUUUUAGUUGGUGCUGUUUCUGCAGAAAGUGAAGCCACAUAUGGACGCCUGCUUGCCAAAUAUGUGGAUGAUCCAAAAAAUUUCUUUUCUAUAUCCUCAGAUUUUUGUCAUUGGGGGUCUCGGUUCAGCUACAUGCACUACGACAAGAAACAUGGACCAAUAUACAAAUCUAUUGAAGCUUUGGACCGUAUGGGUAUGGAUAUAAUAGAAACAGGUGAUGCUGAAGCAUUCAAAAAGUACCUGCAGGAAUAUGACAACACCAUUUGUGGUCGCCACCCUAUUAGUGUAUUUCUUCAUAUGUUGAAGCACAGCUCGACAAAAAUAAAAAUAAAAUUCCUUCGAUAUGAGCAAUCGAGUCAAUGCAAAACAACUAGAGACAGCAGUGUGAGCUACGCAUCAGCUGCAGCCAAGGUGGAUGCUUGAAGCUGUGUGAAUUAUGGCAACGAGCUUCACCAUUGCAUUCGCCUUAACUUCUGAUAUCAUGCAUUUUACUUUGUUCUUAAAUUAUUUAGAAAGUCUUGUCCAUCGUGUUACAUAUCAGUCAUUCAGCAACUUUCAUUGUUAGUGUGUUAUUUAAUUUUCGUUUCAUAUAUUUAUUCUUGGUCGGAAUGACGAUUCUCCAAGGGCUUCUGAUGAAAUUUCUUGUUUCUUCGUGUCAAAUGAUUUCGUUUCUUUUCUAAUAAUUUCUUUUCAAGUA